AUGAGUCAACAAGUUGCGACGACAGCUUUACGAGCUCUGUUUGUCCGCGGCGGAGGAAACUGUAACAUGGCCGUCAGGUCAGUUUCCGCCGCCUCCGUGUUUACAAAUCUCGAGAUGAGGAACCUUGUUUCAGUGCCUUUGAUAUGGAAUUUCGACUCGAAGUGGAGGAUGAUGAGUUCUGCGACGGCGAUGGAGAAGAAUGAUGAGAAGAAAGAUGAAAAUCCGACGGUAGAGUCGGUGAAGAAAGAUCAAAACGGCGGUGGAUCGGUGGCAGUUCCGAGUUAUUGGGGAAUAGAGACAGCGAAGAUGAAAAUUACUAGGAGAGAUGGAUCCAACUGGCCUUGGAACUGCUUUAUGCCAUGGGAAACAUAUCAAGCAGACUUGUCGAUCGAUUUGAAGAAGCACCACGUUCCCAAGAAUAUCGCCGAUAAAAUCGCUUACGGAACAGUCAAGCUCCUCCGUAUUCCCACCGAUAUAUUCUUUCAGGCAUUAUCCUCCGCUAGUUUCAUAUUUUUUUAA